AGCUCGCGUGUGAUGUGUUUGUGUAUCCUCAGUGUUUUUCUCUCUUGAGUGUUUUAUUGAGUGUAAACAGAGUCUUGUCUCUGUGUAUUUUAGUGUUGAUGAUGGUGUGUUGUAAAUCAGUAGGAACUGAUCUGUCCAUGCUGGAUAUUGAUGAUUUCAUCACAGAAAUCUCUCAGCUGAAGAAAGAGGUGGCGUUACUGGAGACAAAGCUGAGGUUAAGAGGAGAUGAAGGACUGAAGAGAGAGGACUCCGAGCUCAGUCUGACUUUACUCUGUUAUACUGAGUCAAAGCCCACAGACGCUCAGGACACUACAGUGUGUGACAGUAAUCAGGGCUUACAGGAUGAGGAAUCUACUGAUCAAACCUCCACAGAGUCUCUGGAUUCUGUCUGGAACGCUGGAGAACAGCAGCAGAUCCUGCAGACCAAACUCAACAUGUGUUCAGUCAAACUCAUCGACUUCAGGAAUCUCAUGAUGAAGAUCAAAACUGAACCCACAGCAGAUGAAGAUCACACUACGGAAGAUGACAGUCAUGAUGAUGCUUUUAUUUCUUCAGAUGUGAAGAGUGAAUCAUUUUUGGAUGGAGAAAUAACGUCCUCAACAUCAGAAGAGCGACUGACAGCACAAACUCAAGAGAAAAAACAUCAUUCAGAAGAGCACAGAGAGAAGAAGAAGAAGAAGAAGAAGAAGAAGAAGAAGAAGAAGAAGAAGAAGAAGAAGAAGUUUCACUGUAAACAGUGUGGGAAGGGGGGUUUUGUCUUCUUAUCUCAGCUAAAAAUUCAUAUGAGGACACACAAUGGUGAAAAGCCUUUCUACUGCACUGAAUGUGGCCAUUACUUCAGAACCAAACACAAUCUUGCUGUUCAUCAGAGAAUUCACACAGGAGAAAAACCCCAUCAAUGUUCACACUGUGAGAAGAGAUUCAGCUACAAACCUUAUUUAAAAAAACACGUGCGUUUACACACUAAUGAGAGACCAUAUCAGUGCAGUGAAUGUGAAAAAACCUUUAAGGAUUCAGGUUCAUUAAAAUUACACCAGAAAAUUCACACUGAGGAGAAACGCUAUCAAUGUUCACACUGUGAUAAAGUUUUCAGUCAUGAAUCUCAUCUGAUACGCCAUGAGAGAGUUCACACUGGAGAGAAACCUUAUCGCUGUGAUGUUUGUGGGAAGAGUUUCAGUCAACAUUACAAUUUAGUGAGACACCAGAGAACUCAUAUCGGUGAAAGACCUUACAAAUGCUUUCAGUGUGAGAAGACGUUUACUCAUUCAUUUUCUUUAAAAACCCAUAAGAGAAUUCAUACUGGAGAGAAACCUUACCACUGUAGUGUUUGUGGGAAGAAUUUUAAUCAACGUGAAAAUUUAGUGAGACAUCAGAGAAUUCAUACAGGUGAAAAACCUUACAAAUGCUCUCAGUGUGAGAAGAUGUUUGCUCAGAAAUCUCAUCUGAUAAUCCAUGAGAGAGUUCACACUGGAGAGAAACCUUACGUCUGUAGUGUUUGUGCAAAGAGUUUUAAUCAACGUGAACAUAUAAUGAGACACCUGAGAAUUCAUACAGGUGAAAAACCUUACAAAUGCUCUCAGUGUGAGAAGACGUUUGCUCAGUCAUGUCACUUAAAAGCUCAUCAGAGAGUUCACACUGGAGAGAAACCUUACGUCUGCUCUCAAUGUGGAAAGAGCUUCUCACAUCACAGUGCCUUCAGACAUCAUCAGAUAGUUCACACUGGAGAGAAAUCUCAUCACUGUAAUGUCUGCGAGAAGACUUUUAAUCAACGUAGCAAUUUAGUGAAACACCAGAGAACUCAUACAGGUGAAAAACCUUACAAAUGCUCUCAUUGUGAGAGAACUUUUGCUCAGUCUGGUAACUUACAAAUCCAUGAGAGAGUUCACACUGGAGAGAAACCUUACGUCUGCUCUCAGUGUGGUAAGAGCUUCUUUAAUCAAACUUCUUUCAACUAUCAUCAGAUAACUCAUACAGGUGAAAAACCUUACAAAUGCUCUCAGUGUGAGAAGAUGUUUACUAAGUCAAGUAACUUAAAAAUCCAUGAGAGAAUUCACACUGGAGAGAAACCUUACGUCUGCUCGAUCUGUGGAGAGAGAUUCACUAAAGUAGGACUUUUAAAGACUCAUCAGAAGAAACAUACUGAAGAACAAACUGAUCUGUGAAAUAAACUUUUUCACCCAAUUACUAAUAGUUUAUAUAUAAAUUAUUAUUUGUAUAUUCAUUUUAAUAUUUUUAUUAAUUGUAAAUCUUAUUAAUUUUAGCUUUUACUUUUUACAUACUUUUUUUUAUCAAAGUUGAAACCGUAAACAUUACUUAAUGCACCAUGAACUAACAUGAAUAACUGUACUGAGUCAAGAAUGAUGAAAACUAUAGCUAUAUUGUUCAUUGUUUGUUCAUGUUAGAUAAUGCAUUUACUAAUGUUAACAAAUACAACCUUAUUGUAAAGUGUUACAGAAUUGUUUAUUUCAUAUUAUUUAGUAGAGAUAAACAAAAACUAAUCUGGAUCCGCUCCAACCUAAAAGUUAUAGGCCAAUAUCUAAACUGCCAUUCAUGUCAAAAAUCUUAGAAAAAGGUGUAACUGAGCAACUCACCCUUUUUCUAGAGAAACAUGGUUUAUUUGACAAAUUCCAGUCUGGCUUUCGUAAAAACCAUUCCACAGAAACAGCAUUACUAAAAAUCCAGAGUGAUAUUAUGAUGUCGGCUGAUUCUAAGGAAUACACAGUGAUGGUUUUAUUAGACCUCUCAUCAGCUUUCGACAAUAUUGAUCAUAAUAUUAUGAUAAAUAGACUUCGUGAUUUGGUUGGUAUGUCUGGAUCAGUUCUAAAAUGGUUUUCAUCUUACCUGUCCAGCAGAAGCUUUAGUGUCUACGUGAAUCAGAUUAUGUCUGAAACUGCUGAAUUAUCGUGUGGUGUUCCUCAGGGUUCUGUCUUGGGUCCCAUUCUCUUUCUCCUUUACAUAUUUCCUUUAGGUCAGAUAAUUAGCCAGUUUAGUGAUAUAUCCUACCAUCUAUGACCUGAGUUCUUCAAAUUAUCAUCUCUAAUCCACUGUCUGACUAGUAUCAAACAGUGGUUAUGUAGGAACUUUUUGCUUCUAAAUUCUGACAAAACAGAAACACUAAUUAUCGCCCCUGAGAGCAAAAUUCCAAAUGUAAUACAACAUAUUAAUGACUGUCAAAAUCGAGCCUCAGGAGCUUAGGUGUUGUGUUUGAGUCAGCUAUGUCCUUGGAGCUCCACACGAAACAUUUAGUGAGAAACUGUUUCUUUCAAUUGAGGAAUAUUUCGAAAUUAAGAUCUUUUGUGACUAAGGGUGAGUUGGAGAUGAUCAUUCAUGCGUUCAUCUCCUUUCGUUUAGACUACUGGAACAGUCUUUUUACUUGUUUGAGUAAGAAGGACCUUUAUCGUUUACAGGCUGUCCAGAACUCCGCGGCAAGGCUUUUGGUCCACAUUAAGAAAAGAGAGCACAUCACACCGAUCUUAGUAACACUCCACUGGUCCAGUAUAGGAUACAUUUUAAAAUUCUGGUUCUCACUUUUAGGGCCUUACAUGGCCAAGCCCCUAACUACAUCACUGAUUUGAUACAGCCUUACACUCCAAUUCGAAGCCUUAGGUCACUAGAUCAGAACCUAUAAGUCGCUUCCCGUACUCAUUUUAAAACUAGAGGGGAUCAGUCAUUUAAGGCGGUUGCUCCUAGGCUUAGGAACGCUUUGCCUCUUUUUUUUGCACUGUGCGAAUUCAGUUGAUUCUUUUAAAAAACAACUGAAGACUCUGCUCUUCAAACAGGCUUUUGGUUAGUUUGAGGUUUUUAUGGUUGUUUGUUGUGUUUGUUGAUUGUAUCUUGUAUUCUGUAGAAGGUUUUUAAAUGUUUUUGUAUUAUAUUUUAUUGUAAAGCACUUUGUGAUUUUUAUCUGUGAAAAGUGCUAUAUAAAUAAAUUUUACUUACUUUACUUACAAAUAAUCUGUGGUUUGUCUUCCAGACUCACAGCUCUAAUAUAGCAUGCAUGAAUAUAAACCUUGACCGACCAACAGUCAAACUUGUGUACUAUUCACAAAAUAUGUCUGUAACCAUAGUGACAGAUGUAAAUUUAAUGACUCUACCUUUAUCACCAAGUACUUUACCAUGGAGGCAGUGCUGAGGUGUUAUUUUAUGCGCAAUGUUGCAAUUAAAACAAUCGCAAUAACACUCAGAUGUAUAUAUUACACAAGAACAUUCACUGUUGGAUGUAGACAUUGUAAGGUUUUUAUACCAAAUGGGUCAGCUUAGUUCAAGAUGUGACUCAGAUAAAACACUAGGCAGACGUUUAGUGCAGCAAAACGUAAAUUUUCUUUAUUCUUCAAAAGAUAUGGGAAAAGGGAAUAUGGAAAAAUUGCAACUCGGGUAUCUCUUCUCUUAAGUUCCUUUUCCUGGCUUCGAAUCACAUCUGGAGGGAAGGCAAAAAAGAUGUAUAAUCAGUCCAAGUGUUCAGACUACUCACAUCCUUCACUGUGUCUUUGUUCUUCGGGGCUUGGUUUGGUGAGCACUGCUUCGAUGCCGGCCUGCACAACAUGCCACAUCCAACACACUCUUUCCCUGUUCACCUUUCCUGUGUUCUCUCUUAUGUGGCUGUUGAUUGAGCCUAACUACCUGCAGCUGACGCUCUCUGUCAGAAGGGAAACUGAGCACGGGGUGUUAGGGCAGCUAUCCCUGGUCCUGAACAUCUCUGGGUGACACUGAUGAUACUCUCCAUGGUGCUGAAGGUGAUAUGCUUCCUCAUGGCCCCCACAACAUCUAUUAAAACAUUAUAAUGUAGCACAGAUAUUGUAAAGGGAGAUAUAAAGCCAUUCGCUGACUUCUCCAUUGAGUCUACAUUAACACUGUGGCUGCAUCCGAAAACUCUAAAU